AUGGCUUUACUGAAGGGGGAGGUUAAAAAGAGCGGAAACCUAAAGGGAACAGUGCGGGGCCAGAUUAACAGGGCCACCCAACAGGUGAUAGAAGCGGUGGAGGAGCUCCGAGCGAUCACCCCCGAGGAGGAGCAACGCCGGCUCCGCGCGGAGAAUGCCAGACUAGCUAGAGAGCUGGAGCUGAUCCGCGCGGAGCUGCGUGCUUUCAAAGAAGCGUACUCGGAGUCGCAAAAGCGGUCAGAAGCGACUCCGAGGGAGGCUCCUCAGGCCCAGGAGGGGGUGGAGGCGAUUCUCAGGGGCGCUCUCGAAGAGAUGAGGCGCGAACUCCUAGAGUCAGUAGGCGGGAUGGUGAACGCCCGCCUACAAGACCUGGAGACGCGCCUCCCCCCUGAGCCGGUGGUCAGACCACCGCUCCAGGCGGACAAACAACAUCCGCCGCCGCCGCGCCCUGUAGUCAGGCCCAACCUGGCGACCAGUGCCCCUAAAAACGUGGAGACACGACCAGCCCAGGCCCCUGUAGCCAAAGCCAGGCCGGUCCCCAAACGGAGGAUCGCCCCUACAGCUGUACCGGCUGCCCCUCCCCCCCCUCCACCUGCUGGCGGAGGAGGGCGCGUAGGGAAAGCCGCGAAGGCUCAAGCCGGAGCCGCUGAACCCGCCCCCCAAACUCCUGGGGGUGAAGUUCAGUGGUCUAAGGUAGUCGGCCGCAAGGCAAAAAAGAAGAAAAAGGCUCCGGCCGGGGCCCCGCCUGCUGCGCCAGUUCACCCUAAUGGGGCGCAGCGGGUUCCCCCUCCCCCUAAAGCAGUAAAGAUAGUGGCCCCCAAGACGGCGGCCAUAACCGUCACCCUUAAACCGGGGGCCACGAUCACGACAGCAGAGGGACAAGUCUCUGAGGCCAAAUAUACUGACGUCUUGGCCAAGGCUAAGGCGUCGAUCUGCCUCAGAGACUUCGGCUUGGAGACGGUCAAAGUGCGGACCAGCAUGACCGGCUCCAAGCUGAUGGAAGUGGGGGGGAACACCCCAGAAGAGACGGCCGACCGCCUGGCUGCCGAACUGACUCGGGUCAUCGGCGGCUGGGCGGACAUCGCGCGUCCGUCCAAACUCGCAGACCUUCGGGUCUCGGGUUUGGACGAGACGGUUACGCGGGAGGAGGUGGCAGCCAAACUGGCAACAACCGGGGGCUGCCACCCUGAUACUGUCAAAGUGGGCCUAAUCAGGCCCAGCUUCUGGGGUGGGGGCUCUGCCCUAGUGAGGUGUCCGGCGGCGGCAGCGAAAGCCGUCGCUCAAAUAGGGAAGGUGGCCAUAGGAUGGAGCAUGGCCACCGUCACCGCGGUAAGGGCCCGGCCGCUACGCUGCUUCAAGUGUAUGCAGCUGGGCCACACCCGGGCCCUAUGCCCAUCGGAGGCAGAGGAUGGCCGCCUCUGCUUCCGAUGCGGCCAAGAAGGCCACAAGAGGGCUGCGUGCGAGGCACCUGUCAACUGCGCUGUGUGCCACAGGACAGGCUGCCCGCACGCACACGUGAUGGGGGGAGCUAAAUGCACCCCCUCUACUGUGAGGGGGAAGGCCCGCUCCAUCGGCCCUCCCCCUGCGCCACAAGCGCAACCGCCGGCCAGGCUGCAGCCGCAGCCUGAAGAGGAACGUAUGCAGGUGUCCUAA